AUGGCCGAGCUUCAGAACGCCAACCCUGUGAUCCUCAACGCCGCCCAGCUGCCCAGCCGGCGCUUGGGCAAGGACACGGCAUCGACCCGGGGACCCGAGUUCAAGUUUGACGACAUCCUCGCACCCAAGACAAAGUCAGCCAGUGGUGCUGCCUCGUCGUGGGCCGCUCCUGCUGUGGCUCCGCCGUCCCCGCUGUCGUCAGUGUCAUCGGGUGAUGCCUACGAUGACGUCGAGGCAUUCGGCGGGGAUGACGGCGAUGUUUUCACCGAGGAGCCCAUCGACGAACAGGAGAUCUACGAUCCCGAGCACCCGCACACGCUGGGCCAGCUUUCUGUUGUCAACUUGCCCGACAUUCGCAUUACACCUUCGCCCACCUCCGCCGAGGCCAAGGCGGCUGCCAACGACCCCAAUGCGCUGACGCAGGUCCUCGUCUACGUCACCCCAACCAUCAACCACUGCUCGCUCGUCACCGUCAUUGGUCUCGCCAUCCGCGUGCGCCUCGAGCAGACGCUACCACCCAACUACCGCGUCGAUAUCCAGGUCAAAGAGGGCGCCCACGCCCAGGACGACCAGGUCACCAAGCAGCUGUCCGACAAGGAGCGCGUGGCUGCGGCGCUGGAGAACGACACGCUGCGCGGUGUUCUGGACAAGAUGCUUGAAACGUGCCAGUGA